GAAAAAGCAAAUUUUAAUUUUAGAAAUGUUUCUGAUUUUUUUUUUUAUAUAUAUCUAAAAAUUUAUAUUUUAAUUAUCAAAUUUUAAAUAAAAUAUUAAAUAACAUAAAUUUAUAAAUAAAUGGUUAAUGUAAUUAAAAUAUAAUAAAUAUUUUAAAAGAUCACAACUAUCUCCUUUGAUUAUUUCUGAUGGGGAAAUGGCAUUGUUGAGGAAUUUCCAUAGAUUUUCUAUUUCUGAAUAGGAAUGAAAGGAGUUAUAAGGUUGGUAAAUGUUAAUGGAGUGAGGUAUUGCUUCUCAGAUACUCAAUCCUAAUCCCAAAUUGUUCUUAAACCUCUGUUCAAUAUAGUUUUCCAUUUUAUUAUUUUGGUAAAACCACUCCUGUUAUAUUUUUUAUUAUAAAUAUUGGGUUUCCAUAAAAAAAAGAUAAAUUAUUGGUCUUCAUUGAUCACACAAUAUUUAGUGUAGUUUUUUUAAUAUUAUUAUAUAAUUAAAUUAUUAUUAUUAUAAUUGAUUUAUCAUACGAUCAUUUAAUUUUACAUUUUUGUUAAAAAUGAAAAUAAUUUAAAAUUUAAAAUUUUUUUUUUUUUUUUAAAUUUUCAUUUUUUUUUUUUUUUUUUUUUUUUCAAAAUUAUCAUUUUUAUUUUGUUUCUUCAUACGAAAUAAUAAUGAAUCCAACAAAAAAUAUAAUAAACUGUAUUAAUAAAUCAAACUAUAGUAGUAAUAAUAUAAUUAAUAAUAGAUUGUUUGAUUUUAAAAUAAGAAGUUUAUCAUUAAUAUAUAAUAAUUAUAAUGUUAAUAAUAAUAUUAUAAAUAAUAAUAAUAAUAUAUAUAAAAGAUUAUAUUCAAGUAGAAAUCCAAAAGAUAAAAUAAUACGGUUCAAUUAUAAAAAUAAAAAUAAUAAAUUUAAAACUAUAUUUAAUAUUCAUAAUGAUAUAGAUCAUAGCAAAGAUAAUAAAAAUCAAAAAAUUAAAGAAAGAAAAAAAGAGAAAAGAAUUAGAUUAUAUAAAGAAAAAGCAGAUGGAAAAGUAUUACUCCCAGGAUGGAUUCCACCCCAUGUAACAAAAUUAGCAUUUGCAUUUGAGUUUAAUGAAAAAAUAGCACCAAAGAGUAUUCCAUCAGGCGUAAAAGAGUUACACUUGGGCAAUAGAUUCGAAAAAAAGUUACAGGUUGGUUGUAUUCCCAAUUCAGUUGAAACCUUGGUAUUUUCCUAUAAAUAUAAUCAUCCAUUAUCACCUAAAUUAAUUCCAUCAAGUGUUAAAUCAGUUACUUUUGGUAAAGAGUUUAAUCAAAUUUUAUAUAAGGGUGAUCUUCCAGAGGGUUUAGAAACUAUCGUUUUUCAAGAUGACUAUAACCAACCAAUUGGUAAAGAUGCAUUACCCAAAUCACUCAAAUCUAUAGUAUUUGGUAAAAGUUUCAAUUCAGAGGUAGAGCUAGAGUCAUUUUUAAAUAUCAAAUCGAUAGUAUUCGGCGAAGACUAUAAUAUCCCAUUAACAGCAAAAACUUUACCAAGAAAUUUGGAGUCUUUAGAGUUUGGUUUGAACUUUAAUCAAAAAUUACAUUCAAUUCCAUCAAGUGUUAAAGUGUUAAAGAUUGGUCAAAGUUUUAAUCAGAAAAUAGAAAAAGGUGAUCUUUGUGAGGGUUUAGAGGUUUUAACAAUUGGCGACCCAGAGAUAUACAAAACUAGCUCUUUUAAUCAACCUUUGGAUAAAUAUGUAUUACCAAGCACAAUCACCGAAUUAAAUCUAUCAAAUUCAUUUAAUCAUCCAUUAGAUAUAGGCGUUUUACCAUCAAAUCUUAAAAUAUUAAAAUUUGGUAGAGAAUUUAACCAAGAAAUCAAAGUUGGGGAAAUACCAGAGCCUUUAGAAUCAAUUACUUUUGGAUGGGAGUUUGAUCAAACUAUAUUACCAUUGGUAUUACCAUCAAAAAUUAAAAACAUCGAAUUCGGUUUUAAGUUUAACCAACCACUAAAAUCAUGUAUUCCUUCAUCCACAGAGACUCUUAUAUUUGGUCAAGAGUUUAAUCAACCUAUUACACCAAAUGAGAUUCCAUUUGGUGUUAAAAACCUUACAUUUGGUUUUAAAUUCGAUCAAGUAUUGAUGGUUGGUUCCAUUCCUUCAAGUGUAGAGAAAUUAGUUUUUGGAUGGAGAUUUAAUCAAACAAUAAAGCAAAAGGAAAUACCUUCAUCCGUAACCGAUCUUACUUUUGGUUUUGAAUUUCAAAAAAAAUUCAAAUACAACACCAUCCCCUCAUCUGUCACCAAAUUAAAACUUGGAAACCAAUUCAAUUCUAAACCAAAAUUAAACGAUUACCCACCAUCAUUAACAUCAUUAGAGUAUGGAUUUUUCUUUAAUCAAACAAUAGAGCCAUCAGUUUAUCCAGAUUCAUUAAGAUCAAUUAUAUUCGGUCGUGACUUCAAUGCAAAACUACAACCAGGUUCAAUCCCAAAUGGUGUUAAAGAACUUACUUUUGGUCAUAAUUUUAAUGUAAAACUAAAUCCAAAUGAUUUACCCCCAAGCAUUGAAAAGCUAACAUUUGGAUAUGAAUUUAAUCAAAAGCUACUCCCAAAUACAAUCCCAGAAGGUGUACGUGAUAUUACAUUUGGUUUCAAAUUCAACCAAAAGCUUACCGAGAAUGUUAUCCCAUCUACUGUAGAACAUAUCCGAUUCUCAAAUAGAUUUGUAUCUAAAUUAACCCCAGACUCUUUACCAAAAUCAUUAGUUUCAAUCGAGUUUGGUAAUGGAUAUAACCACAAAAUAGAGCCAGGAGUUUUACCACAAAAAUUACGUUACCUCAAAUUUGGAAGAUGCUUUAAUCAAGAAUUAGAGCCUUUUUCAAUUCCUCAUUCCGUAGAAACCCUCAUUUUUGGACAGAAUUUCAAUAAACCAAUAGACCAACCUGGAGUAUUACCACCAAAUCUUAAAUCAUUAGAAUUUGGCAAUGAAUUUGCACAAACUACCAAUGUAUCACUUCCUUCAACAUUAGAACAUAUUAAAUAUCCAGUCUAUUUGGUUCAUCAAUUAACACCAGAAUCAAUACAAUCAAAAUCAUCAAUUAAAACAUUCGAAUUAUUAGAUGUUAGAUUUGAUGUUGACGAAUAG